AUGGACACGCCAGCCGUACCAGCGCCACGGGAUUCCCGCGAACAGGCUAUCCUCGCUCGUCUCUCCGUCAUUCGAGACCAGCUAUUACUUCUGAAGCAGGAUCGAACUACAUAUAUUCGCAGUCAAGAUGUAAUUCCGCUGUAUGACCAGACCGUCGAGCAGGUCAAGGAGCUCAACGACGUUCGUGCCGAGAUUGGCAACCACGAAGAAAACAGACUUGACAAGAUCCUCGAGAGCUGCUUCCAACUGCUCUCCCUAUUCUAUCUCACCAUCGGCCGAAACAACGAGGCCCCCGCGGCAUACUCUCUCACGUCUACCAUCAAGCGACUUCUCGACCAUCUCACCGAGGCCGCUUUUUACUCGGCCAAGGAUUUGGAGAGCAUCAGGUCCACCCUAGAAGAGACGGCAUCCGCCAUCAGCCUGGCUCAAAGGACGGAGGAAUCCAAAGCAAAGCACUCGCCAUACCUGUUAACCCUGCUGUCAAAGAGAGUAUCGCUGUGCCAGACCAUGCUAGGCAAUCUACGGAAGCGCUUGGAAAGCAUUGGCGGCCCACUUCUUGCAACGCACGAGAAAUUGAUUUCUAUUCUGCGGCAAAUUUCAUUGGCAAAUACAAAGUCAAAGUUUUCGACUAGCGAAGUGCAAAAGCUCCGGAACCAGCUCCUGGAGGUCGGCAACAAGCGGAAAAACGGCAAGUUCGUGGCAGAGGACGGCGCCGUACCCCCAGGAGAGGCAGAAAUAAGCGGACUAUACGAGCGAUGUGUCAAGUGGUCGGACCUCGUUCUUGAGAGAAGAGGAAACGUACAUGAAGCAUGGCGCCCGACAUACGACACCCUGGUUGGAAUCCGAAACGACCUGGAAAAGCUUUCCUUGACGCAGGCUUGGUCACUCAGAGAAACCGACUUGUACGACUUCCAGCGACAGCUCGACAAGAUUGACGAGAGCAGGCAGAACGGCAACUUUUACGAUGACAAGGGCAGGCCCGCGGAUCUUUGGACCCAGCGAACAAUGCUGUACUUGAUUCGACGAAGCUAUGCUUACAUCUACUCCUUCAUGCUCGCCUCUGAGCCGGUAUCGGAGGCCUUGCUCCCCAUCUACAACCAACUUCAGACGCUUAAACGAUGCCUGGUCGAAGUCAAGAAGAACGGCGGCGUCACGUCAGUACGAGAGCUCUAUCCGUACAGCAUGAAGCUCAACUCACUCGACGACAUGCGGGUAGAGGGCAAGUUUGUCGUUAACGGAGACAUUCCCGAAGGCCAAGGCAGCGUGUGUGAACUCCUCGCAGAAUGCUUCGACCUGACUUAUGAGAUGCGGGUGGCAGCCGAGGAGAGCACCAAUAGCGACGAGUAA